GUCUGCACUUGCAGCAGGAAACAGAACAAAGCUUCCGGUGGUGAAAGUUCAGUGCCAUUGCGUUGUUUUGGUAGCUAGCUUGUUGGUUUGCUUGACAACAUAUCCCCAGUUCAAUUUUAAUCACCAGUGGCAGGUUAUUUGUUGUUUUCAAUGUUUUCUUUUUGUCCUGUGUAGCUUAUGCUACCCUGCGAAAUACAACAACGAUAUUCCUAUUUAAAAUCAGCGUCACUUAGCUAAUUUCUUCAACAUGACUUCUCGACGACCUGAUAGCUUUGACGGCUUAGGUUAUAGGGGAAGGGAGGAUCCGUCAUACGGUGGGGGCUACUCUGGAAGGUCAUUCAAUAAUGCAUCUAAUGCUGACCUGCAGCAGUGGGUCACGACCCCCCCUGACAUCCCUGGUAGCCGAAAUUUGCAUUUCGAUGAGCGAACACCUCAAUCUGAGACGGGCCCUGCACCUCCGGGGUCCGACGAUCCUCAGGCAGCGGCUCCACCAUCCGAGCAGUUAAACCGAUUUGCGGGAUUUGGCAUUGGACUCGCAAGCCUCUUUACAGAAAAUGUCCUGGCUCAUCCAUGCAUCGUGUUUCGUCGCCAAUGCCAGGUUAAUUAUCACGCACGGAACUAUCAUCUGUCCCCAUUUACUGCGGUCAGUGUGAUGUACAACUUCACAAAAUCUCAGGGUCCAAAGGCUUUAUGGAAAGGAAUGGGUAGCACUUUUGUAGUCCAGGGAGUCACACUUGGAACAGAGGGCAUCAUCAGUGAAUGCACUCCCUUACCAAGAGAAUUAUCACACAAGUGGAACCCCAAGCAAGUUGUUGGACACCUAGUGCUGAAAGGUCUGACGUAUGUUGUUGCCAUGCCUUUCUACUCUGCAAGUCUCAUUGAGACCGUUCAGAGUGAGAUCAUUCGGGACAACCCGGGCAUCCUGGACUGCGUGAAGGAGGGCGUGGGCCGCGUCAUGGGCCUUGGCGUGCCGCACAGCAAGCGGCUGCUGCCCCUGUGGGCGCUGGUCCUGCCCACCGCUCUCCACGGCAUCCUGCACUACAUCGUCAGCUCCACCGUGCAGAAGCUCGUCCUGGCGCUGCUCCGCCGCCGCCGGCCUUCACCCCCCUCCUCGCCACCCUCCCCGUCGAAGAACGAUGGCGCCGCCUCGGGCCAGGCGGACGCCGUGCAGAGCAUGCUGGACGCCUACUUCCCCGAGCUCAUGGCCAGCUUCUGCGGCAGCCUGUGCGCCGACGUGCUGCUCUACCCUGUGGAAACGGUGCUGCACCGGCUCCACAUCCAGGGCACUCGCACCAUCAUCGACAACACCGACCUGGGCUUCGAGGUGGUGCCCAUCAACACGCAGUACGAGAGCCUGCGCGAGUGCGUAAACACCAUCGGCCGCGAGGAGGGCACGCUGGGCUUCUACAAGGGCUUCGGGGCGGUGCUGGUGCAGUACUCGCUGCAUGCUGCCGUGCUGCAGAUCACCAAGAUGAUCUACUCCGCCCUGCUGCAGAAUGCUUGAGGGACAGAGACAGACAGAGACAGAGACAGGACAUGUCAGACACGUGUCAGACAAGUACGAAGGCACUCACACACUUGGCGCAUACACACUUACGAGCACACCCCAAGAAUAUGAAGAUGGAUUAUAAGGCCUCCAAGGUUUACCUUCUGAAACACCAACACACCAAGCGUCUGUUUGAAGGGGGUGUUUUUGUUUGUUUGUUUUGUUUUUUGUCUUGGCUUUGGUUGGUGAUGGGUUCAUUCCAGAUGACUGUCUUGAUGUGAAUUCCUCAUUUGUGCAUACAUCAAAGGAGAAGUAAAAGUUUAAAAAAAAGACAAGAUCAAGUCAUUCACCUAAUCUACAUGCACUAGUUGAAAUUUAGAGGACACUCUGUAUCUGCAGUAAUGGCUCCGUUUCCAGAGACACUGUCUCAAUGCAUGACAUCUCUGACAUCUGAACAUGUAUGUGUGUUACUGUGGUAAAUCUAAAUCUGGAGUAUAUACUAUAUGCUCUCAAUGUUUAGCUUUGAUUUUGGCCCUCUCAAACACAAGCUCUGUAAGUCUUUUAACGGCAGAUCACACAUGCUUUCUUCUCCUACAAUCUGUGCGGCACUUUCCUCUUCCUCUUGCUUGAUCUGUUCUGAAUAAAUGUUGCUCUUGGAUUGGAUGCGUGGGAAUUCUUGAAGAGGAUGGACUGUGCCAAUUUACCAUAGGUAGAUUUGUAUACAGAUUGUACAGCAAAAAUACAAAUAUACAAAUAGUGUUUAUGUCUUUAAAUUAUUACUUGCACCUUGUGAUGUGUGAUAAUGUGUCAAGUUGUCCAAAUUGUUUGCAUCCACAAGGAUCUGUGACCAGACCUUCUUGGUCAUAUGAAAAUGUGUUCCAUGCAAGGAUGGAACAAAGGAAACAAAUGCACUUCUUGGAGAUGGGGUUUGGCAUUAUGUGAUUUUAAAAGUGAGAAACUGCACAACCCCUCUUUCAUAAAAAAGCUUGUUUUAGCUGUCCUGUGUAGGGGGGAAAAAAUGUUCAUCGCAUUGUCAGUGAAAGAUAUAUUGGAAGGGUGUCAUACCGAGAACUAAAAUAAUAAUAAAAAUAUAUAUAUGAAA